GAAAGGAUAAUGUGGGAAUAAAUAUGCACCUUCACUGCCAUCUAAAGGAGUGUAUUGAAGAUUAUGGCCCUGUUUAUAGCUUCUGGUGCUUUGCUUUUGAACAGCACAAUAGAUUCCUUGGAAACACCAUCACAAACAAUAGAUCAGUUGAAACACAGCUUAUGAGAAAGUUCCUCUCUGAACAGUUUGUUUCCAAUGUUGCCCUUCCUGAGCAUUUUUAUGAACAGUUUACUUCUCUCUUCAGCAAGUACUGUGACUCUUCAUCUGUUAAAUGUGUGCCUGUGGGAUCAUCUGCCUUGCUCAGUAUUGCAACCAGUACCAAUUUGGGAAGUAUUCAGUGGUCAGAAAUUGCAUUGAUUACACUUCCCAGUGCCUAUAAGCUUAUGCACCUGGAUGCAGAUGAUCAUCAAUUGCUUUCAGAAACAUACCAAGCAAUGUAUCCAGAGAAGAACAUCCAAGCAAGCAUGGUCAGCAAAGUAUCAAGGCGGUAUCUUUCUGUUUACCUUGGUGGAGAGAAAAUUGGUUCAAAGUUUGAGUGCAGGUCUUUACGAUCAGCAAGAGUCAUGGCUUCAUGGGCAAGAAAUGAUGGGAAAAUUGAUCCCUCAGAAGCAAUCAGGCCUGGCUUUGUGAAAUUCUUCGUCAACUGUAUUAAGAUUGGAGAGGAGUACAAGAAGCAUGUGUUCGCUUGUAUUGAGUGGUACAGUGAAGACACACAGGAGACACUUUACCGCCGGCCUGUUGAGAUAUGGAGACAGAGAACUUUCAAUAGAGCAGGACCUGCAACCUUCAUGCCUGUACAGCGAUGUUACUGCAAGUUUGUUUCUUCAUCUGUUAAAAUGAAUGGAGUUGAGAAGCUCAUUGUCAGUCCAAUCCAAUGAACAUUUUGCUGAGUAGAGGAAAGAAGCAGUGAAUAGUUCACCCUGUAUCUGACUGUGUGCUGCAUAAUUUUCAUUUAUGCUUAGAGACAUCAUCAUGGUCUAUUGUAGCUAGACUGAAUUUCAAGGCAUUUAUGCACUUAUUACAUGGCAGGUGGGUGACUCCCAUAUGAAAAGGACAGGGGUGCUCAUUGGAAAUUUUGAAAACAACCCUUUCGAGGUACCAAGAAACCCUAAGGGGUACCAAUUCUUACAUAAUACAUUAUCUCCUGUCAUAUAUUUUGGCUCAACACCCUUGGAGGUACCACAAAAGCCCCAGCUCUGACCUUUUUGAGGCUUAACACCCUCAAAGGCACCAAAACCACUUUUUUUUAACCCCUAAAAGGUACAGCAAGCACCCCAGUCCUUUUUAUAUGGGAGCACUCCCCCCUGUGACUACAUGUAACUAAUCACAGGCUUUGAGUAUUCGUUAGUAUGCAAUAUGCAAGGAGUGGCUGGCUGGAACGGGCACUUGGAGAUUGUCUUUCAACAGAAAAUAUCCAUACCCCUCCCGUGUAGGAUUCUUGGGUUCAACCCCACUACCCAAAUGUAUGUGCAUAGUGUACAUACACUCUCCUGCAAAGAUUUUGGUGGGAUCUGAAACUCAAGUUCUUGUAGGAAUUUCAAGUGCCCUUCCUUGGAAUAGUUAUGGAUAUUUCCUGGAAAUGAUCUCUGUAUUUUAAAUGUACUUGUUACAUCUAGUGUGGAUUUUAAAAUACACAAAAGUUGGAUGGAACACAAAUCAGGUUAGAAUAAGUUCCCUUUUCUGGAAUUUUUGGGGAAUAAACUAAGCUAAAUAUAUAUUUUUGGGAGUAUUUUAGCCUUUAGGAAACAGAAGUCAAAGCUAAAUCUAAUCUACAGCAAAAGCCACAUCACAGAAUUCACAUGAAAAAGAAUUACCAAUUGGGUGACAGCUGAGCACCCUUUUCCUGAGCCACAAAAUUCCACUUUAGAGUUCUACAUUUUGUUGAAUAUGGUUUCAGCGUUGUACAGUGAAAAGGAGUUUUCAGUUUCCCAACUUUUGUGUAGUACUCCACAUACCAUAAUUGUUACUUAUUUUCACGGGUACUUAAUUUUGCAAAAAUGACUUAAUUUUCACGAUUUGGGCGAAAAAAUAUUUUAAAAGAAAUUAAAUUUUGCAAAAGUUGUCAGGACACUGAUCUACAAUAUAACAAAUGAAUAGUCUCAUAACUGUCAUAGCUGAUUUUAAUUUUUCAGGGCGAUAGUUUUCAAUCACACCUAACAAAACCAUAUUAAAAAACAAAACUGAAAACAGUUUGAAAUGUUCCUUUGCAACAAAGCAGAACUAUUUGCUACUGUCUAUAUAUUUGCGCUUAUAGAUGAAGGACAUUGUCAAUUUCUUCAAACGGAUCCUCGGGAGGAAGAGCUGUCUCGCCAUUAACUACCCCAGCAACUCCUGCCUUUUCCCAUCCUUUGGUGAGUAAUGCUUUCCCUCACAGCUCGUCAAGUGGUUGUAAAGGCUUACCAUCCAGCGGGCAUGCAAGGGCUUCAGGACAGAUAGUCUUAAAUCAACUGCAAUUUCAUCACAGAAACCAAAUUAUUCAAUGAAGAAUUCAAGGCUAAAUGUGUUGUAGCAUUAUCUUAUAAUGGUUGGAUGAAAGAACUGACCCUCGACUGGGUAAGAAGUGUUCUGGGGGAGUUUUCAUUCACCCGACAAAUCUUGGCGUGGGAUUCGUUCAAGUGCCACGUGAUGGAAACAUUCAAACAAGAACUACGCAUGUCAAAGAUAGAUCGUUUAAUCACCCCAGGGGGUUGUAUGAAAUACAUUCAAGCGCCUGACAUGGUUUGGAAUAAGCCCUUUAAAGCAAAUGUCACAGAGAAAUAUGAUGAAUGGAUGGCUGGUGAAGCGCACUCUUUCACUGCAGCAGGAAACAUGCGUGUUCCACCCUGGAGAGAGAUAGUUAAAUGGAUCCUUUCGGCGUGGGAUGGCUUGGACAAAACAAUGAUUAUCAAUUCAUUCAAGAACUGUGCGCUAACCAUUGCAGAGGAUGGAUCAGAGGAUGGACACAUUCACUGAAGUGAAGUGAAGUGAAAGACUUUAUUUAAUGAGGGUGACCCGUGACAGUAACUAAAGUUACUGAUAAACUUGAGGCCCUCAGCUUAAAAGUAAUCAGAAUGCUAAAAAUAUAUUAUUUACAAUAAAAUGCUAAAAUACGAUAUUAUUUACA